GUCCACCAAACUUCAUUUCAAAGAUUUCUUUUUAAGUUAUCAUGCUAUGGAUUAAAGUAAGAGAAGUUCGGAUGCUACGUGAAUAUUUUUUUUUCAUUGUCAUGUCCUCUCCUAGGUUUUAAGUUUUUUUUUUCAUUGCAGUGUCCUCUCAUAGGUAUUAAAAUUUUUAAAUAAUAGAUAUAGAUAGAAAUAUUUUCUAUAAUUAUUUUUUGAAAAAUUUAAAAUAAAAAAAUUAAAAUAAGAAAAGAUUGGGUGUGUCGCGCGGAGCGUGGACGCCCUUAUCUUUUCACUCAACCCAUAGGAAAUCGCAGCACCGGCUCCUGCCAAACCGUUUGUUCCGCCGCGGAAACCCUUGCUUUCGUACGCCACCGCCUGUUCAGCCUACGAGGCUCCGGCAGUCGCCAGUCGGCAGCCACGAGGCUCCCACGGUGAAGAGCGCCAAUUCACAUUCAGGCUUCCACUACCAUCACCUCCAUUACCAGCAACGGUCGACAGUCGCCUGCCUUGGCUCUUGGGGAUUUGCAGGCAACGUCAAUUUACUCCAGAUGGUUCGACAAAUGAGUGACUCCAAAUUCAGUGAAUAUGGGCUCAGCAGUGCUGAAACCAGCUUGCCUUCUCGUGAUAAGCAGUCUCCAGUUGCUGUAAGGAAAGCACCAUUAAGAAAUUUGCAAAAUGACAACAGAAUUGUGGUGCCCAAAGCCACGGGGAAUUCUCUCUUUUCAAAGGAGAGAGGAUCCGAAAAUCGGGUUGGCACCAAGAGACCAUCACCUGAGUCCCCAGUGAACCCUGCUUGCCACCAAUCUCAAGGUAGUAAUAUGGCAAAUGGGCAUCUCGUCUAUGUUCGCAGAAAAUCCGAAGUAGAUGUAGGUAAGAGCAGCAGUUGUGAUGCCACAAGAAAUCAUGUUGAUUGCCAAGAUUUAAAGCAACUUGGCCCCCAGGAGGAGACAACCCAGCCAAAACCAGAGAUAAAGGAUACUGAGAUUUCUUUUCCAGCAGUUGCACCCUUUCCAGUGGCUUCUUUGGCGAACCAUUCAUCUGGCAAACCUUCAAUUCCUCUUCUCAGUGGAAGGUCUGGUGUCAGGUUUCCCCCGGCUGACUCAAGUUAUAUUCCUGUUACUAAUGCUAUUCCUUCACUUGAUAAUCCAACAAGAAGAAUUAAUCGGCAGUGGGAAGAGCGAUCUCUUCAACUAAAGAUUUUAUUGAGGAAAUUGGACCAAUCAAAUCGAGAGGAUUAUGUUCAGAUGCUUCGAUCCCUUUCAUCUGUUGAGCUUAGCAGACAUGCUGUUGACUUAGAAAAGAGGGCAAUUCAGCUUGCGUUGGAGGAAGGAAAGGAGCUCGAACGAGUCCGGCUUUUGAAUGUCUUGGGAAAAUCCACGAGGGAUUUAAAAGCACAGUCAACACAAUGAGGACUGAGGAAACCAUGGAGGGCAGACUAGACACCCUGAAGCAUUGUUUGCCUAAGACUGCUCAAUAUGACACCCAUUUGAUCCUUUCUCCAUGGCUUUCUGACGACUGGCAGCUGCCACCAUUGUAACUAUAUUCUGCUGGAAAUGUCUUCUUCAGGUGUGAAGGCUAUUGACAAUUACAGAACCUAAUUUUAACCGUAUGUCUGCCGCUUUAUAUAAUGUAUGGCAGUUGCUAUUUUCACCA